UGUUCCACGUGUGUUAAGACAGAAAUUGCCGCUACCAACCCCCUCAAGAAUAUACGACUGAUAACUGUUAUCUAGUUCUGUUCUGACCAUAGACAUAAAUAGUAAUAGAAUGUAUUUAUGUAUAACAAUGUUAUUGUACUUUUAAAACGCCGCGAAAUACGUUAACGUUAUCACGACCCGCGUAUGUGUAAGUGUGUAUAAUAAUAAUAUUGCUUUAUAACAAUGUGUAUGUGACGUGUGUUUGAGUGGUCGAUUCAAACUCAAGUGACUAUUUUAAUAUUUUAUAUAUAAAUUGACUUUUUCAUGUUUUUAUAAAACAUCAGCGGGGAAAAUCCUAAUUAUGAGCUUUCUGGCUGCAGUGUUGGCCUCCGCAGGCGAGGUAGAAAUGACGGACUUGGACAAAAAUGUAUCUGAACUCAAACACAAAAUCACAAACCUCGAAUAUGACAUCAAGGAAGCAAUGGAACAGCGUUACAUGAAAUUCGCAGUGGUGUCCAGGGACGCUGCAUCGUUGCUAGAUACGGCCCAGUCAUAUUCAAAUCAAAUCAAUAACCUAAUAUCACGAAUCGAUAGUCAGACUAAAAGAGAAGUCGUAGAUGCUAUGUCUGAUCUGAAAAUGUUUAAAUCUACUUUGGAAGAAAACAAAAACAGUUUGAUUAUUAUAGAACAAGUUCUGGAAGCAAGCAUGAAUCUAACAAGUGAUAGUCAAACUAAACUAUCAUUAGCUGAUAGAAUAAACAAGCUGCAAACUGCUCAACACAUUUUAUUAAACAAUGAACAUUUAACAAAAUUAGAUGUGUAUAAACCAUUAAUGCGAGAACACCAAAGACUAACAGAUGUCCUUCACUCAAACUGUGUAGCAGCCUGGGGAAAAAAAAUAGUGUGGUCGGAGAAUGAUAAAGAGAGCCAAGAUUCUUGGAGAGUUAUUUUAAAAAUAUCUGGCUGUCCAGAUGAUAUUUGUGAUACUGUGUUCGCAUUGCAACAUUUUGACAGUCUGAAUAUUGAAGUCAAAAAAUUUUCAGAUAAAUUAAUAAAUUUAAUUGUGAAACCAAUUAUUGAACAAAACUUACAAGUUGAUGUGGUAAAAUUUGUGAAUGUUUCAACGUUGACUCUCAAAGUUUCCAAUACUGAAGAUGAAUUUCUGUCAGCAAUUAUAAAAAAACUCAAGGAUGUAUUUGAAUUUUUGAAUUCAACUCUUCCUGCUGACAUUAAUGAAAUCAAAAUUAUGUCUUAUUUAGGAUCUUAUGCAAGUCAGCAAUUUUGUAAACAUUUUAAAGACAUAGUAAUAUUUAACGCCAUACCAGUUAAAUAUCAUAAUCUUAAUAAUUUUAGAGAAGAAUUGAUUGAAGUUCGUGAAUUCAACCAAUAUUUAAGUGAAUUAGGAUUUUUUGAAGAAUCAAAUGAUGAAUUGAUAAAUUAUAUUGAAAAUAUUGAUAAUUUAUUUUUCACAAAAAUUAGUCAAUUAUACUACGAUAGAGCAAGAACUAUUAUAAAGAAAGAUCUACAUGAUUUAGUCGAAGUGAACAAUGAAAACAGAUGGUCUUCUGAUGAGGAUGUUCUAGAUGAUAACGGGUUUUGCCAAAAAAUUUUUGCUUAUCCACAAAGUAAAGUGAGUAAAUCAUUAUUAGAAUUUCUAGAUCUUAUCGAUACAGUAGCCUCAGAAAUGUCUACCAUACCAGAAAAUAGUACUUGGAGAUAUCAUGAUAUUUUAAACAACAUAACAAUUAUGUAUUGUGAUGUGAUACCGCUUCAGCAUUGCAAAGUGUUAGAAUUUCAUCCUCAGCAAUCUGCUGUUCUUUACAAUAACAUUAUGUAUUUUACUCGAAAAUUGGCUGAAUUAAGUCCAACUUACAAGAACUUGCUUAUUGUUCAUUUGCUUGAAAAGCUAAAAAAUUUAGCUAGUGAAAUACUCCACUCUCAAUGCAAACAACAAAUUACACAAAUUGAAAAAAUUGUCAAUCAAUCUGAUAUUAUUUUGAUGGCUGUAAAUGCAAAUUUAGGCUAUUCUGUUGAAAAAAGUAUGUCACAAUGUUAUGAUCUUUUAUCAAUCCUGAGUGAUUUGUGGAGAGAUAUUUUGCCAUCAACUGUUUACUGUAAAUUUAUAGGUUAUUCAUGUAAUGGAUUAUUUGAGUGUGUUGUUAAUAAACUGUUCACCUUAGAAGACAUAUCAGCUACUUCAGCCGAACAGUACUCGUCCAUUUUCAACAAAAUCAUCAAAGAUAUUCCAUCCUUUUUUCCGGAGCCCAAAGAAGUUCAUAGAUAUGUUCCUAAAUGGUGGCAGUUAAAUGAAUUAGUAUAUAUAUUGAGUUCGAGUAUGAAAGAUAUUGAAAAUCGCUGGGCGGAUGGGAAAGGUCCAUUGGCUAAUGAAUUAAAGGUUGAUCAAAUAAAAUGCUUGCUGAAAGCUCUAUUUCAAAACACUGAUAGAAGAGCAGCAUUACUCAAACAUAUUUUAGCUACAGCACAAUCGUAGUGAACUAAAAAUAAAUAUUAUAUAACUACGUCAUUACCAAUUUUACUUGAAUAUUAUACAAUUAUGAAAAUAUUUUUUAUAAAAUGUUACAUUGAUAAUCAUAACAUUUGAAAAUUAAAAAUAUUGUUGAAGAAAAUACUCUGUUUAAAAAUAUAGAAGUUAUAUAUUAUUACUAAUUUAUUGUACUAUAUAAUAUAUUUAAGUAGAAAUUAAUUAAAAAAUUUUAAUUAUACAUUUUAAUAAUAAAAA